AUGAGACAUACAAAUACAACAACUACAACACCUGGUCUCGACCUGGCCUCACCACUCAUGGAUGAUGGAUACACAGCAUUAAUGUCGGCUGCCAUGAGAGGACAUGUGGAAGUGUGUCAACUUCUCCUGGAGAACAGAUGUAACAAAGAUAUCACAGAUGUUGAUGGAUGGACAGCAUUAAUGUGGGCUGCCUGGUGGGGAUGUGUGGAAGUGUGUCAACUUCUCCUGGAGAACAGAUGUAACAAAGAUAUCACAGAUGUUGAUGGAUGGACAGCAUUAAUGUGGGCUGCCUGGAAAGGACAUGUGGAAGUGUGUCGACUUCUUCUGGAGAACAGAUGUAACAAAGAUAUCACAAAUAACAGAGGAAGAACAGCUUUACAUCUGGCUGCGGAGUAUGGACAUCUACAGGUCACAAGAUGUCUUGUAGAACAAGGAGGUAGCAGUCCCUUGGUCAAAACACAUCAGUUGGAAUAG